AUGACCGUAUCGCCGGAGCUGGACAGAUCCGAUUUCCUGCACAUUACGUCAUACAUCUUAACCCUGGCCACCGUUGGCUUACUGUUUGCCGUCGCGUUGGCAAACAGUGAAACCCAAUCGAGCGGACAGGGCACGGUGGUCUUCACCAAGCUCGACGCACUGUCCGCCACCCGCAACUCAUCCGCGCCGGUGGAGCGAACGAAUCGCACCACACCACCGGAGGAAGUGGCGAAAGUACGCCCGGCUUACACCCGAACCGAGCUGAAGGUCUCCCGAAGUCUCAACCCGGACAACGUGCAGAAGCUGAACGUACGCUCCAACAAUGGGCGCAUGGUGCAGAUUAUCGUAAAGAAGCGCAACGGAAUGGAACUCCCGAUCGGAAGUGUAUCAGUGACCCCGAGCUCCAUCACUGGCAGCACCAGUCAAGGCGUUACCCAUUCCUUCUCACCGCCGCCAGCCCAAAGCCACGUGACACCGUCGCGAAUUGCCGGCAACUAUCGUCUGUCGGCCGACUCGGCACCGGAAUCGGUGGACAUAAUCAACGCUUUCCUGGAGCACGUUAAUCGCAUCGAGCGACCUCCGCGAUCGUUCUACGACGACGACCAUGGUGCGAUGAAGAACGAUCGCCGCCCGGUGCGGAUCAAGGUGAGUGACGAGACGGUGCAGGAGAGCCGUGUUCCACCGCCCGUAGUCAUCAGCUCGGAUGCGGUGUACAUGAAGGACAACGGGGCGGUGAAGACGCACAAGCGGGGUCGCUCAAUGCAGGAGAUUGGCGCUGACGGCAUACCAGUGGUGCAUGGAAUUCGUGUGCCGGAUGAUGAGUCCGACAAGCGUCAGGUGUGGCGCAAUGCUCGCGUCAUCAAUGGUGAGCUGGUGCCGUACGAGAAGGGCCAUGUGCCGACCAGGCUGGAAAACAGUGGCGACAUCUACGGGCAGCUGAUCUUCGCCAAACCGUCCGGCAACGGGGGACGCUCCAGCUUUGGAUCGCGGCAGCGCAGCAUCGGACCAUUCACGACGGCCGACAACUUCCAGCCGACCGAUGGACAGGCCAAGAGCUUUGGACCGUUCAGCGUGGAGGAUAACUUGCAUUCGGGUUCGAUCGCGAUAAACUCGAACCCACCGAAGGUGUCGGGAAACAUUGGACCAUUCUCGAGAGCUGAUAACUCGCGCCCAGUACCAAAUGGCCGAUUGGUGGAGUAUUUGCGCAAAAUCAAUGAGGAAGAAAGUCGCAAACACUAUCCGCAGAUUGUGAGUCGCGCCAACUUCAAGGAGGAUGCACUGGCCGAACAGCCCAAGAUACAGCGCCGCAUGCUGCAGAACCCAGGUAAUCCCAACUAUCCCGUAUCGCAGCUGUACUCCAUCAAUGGCCCGGGAGCACAGAACCAAGAGAAGGAGCUGGAAGAUACCCGCAAGCCCGUACUCCAGUACGCACAUCCCGAGCUCGGUGUACAGCCGGCCAAGUCCGUUCCUCCGGAGCGCAAACCAACGAAGGCGAUGAAGAAGAUCAUGAACGUGCAGGACUACUACAGCAAGGCGGCACACAACGAUCACUCGCCAUACGCGAUCGAGCCGGCCAUGGGCAGCAAAGACUACUACGAUCCACCGCAACCGGUCAAGAUGCCCCGGCCGCCCCAGUACGAGAACUUCAAAGGGCCCUCCACGUACCCGUACAACUACGGCUACAUCCGACGCGUUAAGCACGAGCGGCCAUUUUGGGCCAAAAUUACCGAUCAAAUGCGCGAAGGACUCCAGAGUGGGAUUUCCACCGUGCAGGAGUUCACCAAGCCCGUCCUGGAGCCCAUCGUCGAGGCCGGACAGAAAAUCUCCAAAAAUCUCGGACUGGUACGAAAGUCUGACGAGGCUCAGGACAAGGUUGGCGUGGUGGUGGCACCAGCUUCAAAUUCAAUUAUACUCCCGGCUCUAGGGCUGAUGGCAGGUGGAGCGGCCCUCGGGCUCGGCGCGGUUGCCGUGGGACGUUUUUUCGACAUGGGCCUGCUGCGUAGGUCGGGCAGUGAGUUGCUACCCUUCGACCUGGACGAUCUGGAGCACAAGCGCGCGCUGGAAGCUAUCCAGCAGCAGCAGCAGCGCUAUCAGGACCGGUACGAUGUGAUGCUCAGCAACUCGCCGGACGAUCGUGAGUUUGCGCGACGCUCGAAGCGGUCGAUCGCUCGGAAUCCUUUCGAGGAGCAGGGCCUGCAGGAUGUGGGACGCGAGUCUACCAGCUCGUCUCGGGCCCGCUUCGAGCAGCAGCUGCGCGAAACCGACUGGAAGAAUCCUUCCUGUGCCAAGCUCACCUUCUGCCGUGUGAUGAUCCAACAGGGCGCCGACGAUAUCGUGCUGAUGGAGAAGAAGAUGUACACUAUGCUAGAUAUGAUGCACCCGGCCCUGGCCGCUAGUCUCACCGAUCACCUGUCGGAAGUGACUGACGCCAUCCGACAGAACGAUUGCACGCGAUUCGUUUGCCAGCAGCAAACACGAUCCUGA